UGCGAAGCCGACAGCACCAGGAAUCCGUUCGUUAUCUUUGAACAAAGAUUUCUAUGAUCUGUGGGAAUCGGUAUCGGUGACCUGUGCCCCCGGGUAUCACGGGGUAUCGGGGGCAGUUAGAUGUGAAUGGAAUGGAACCAGCAGUAAUUGGAAUGAGCCGGAUCCCUGUAUUGUUCUGAGAAGACCCAGUUUCACCCAGUUCCCGACUGGCGCUGAUAAUGCGCUGAAAUGGCGCCUGUCAGAGGGGCGCAAGGUCUACACUGGGUUCCAGCUGAACAUCUCGGCCCAUAGAGAAUACGAUAUUACCUUCAGUGAAACAGAAUCUCAUUGGCUGGGACCCAACGUGACAGAGUUUAAUAUGGAGCUCAAAUACGGAACCAACUACACUGUGACUCUCCGAGGCUUCACUGUAUCUGGGCCCGGGGAACCUGCAGUCUGGGCUCACGAGACUUCUAUAGGAGAGCCUCUCCUUCCGCUAAAGAAUCAGAUAGCGAUCGGUGACACUACGGCGACUUUCCAGCUACACCCUGUUCCUGACUCCAAUGGGCCCAUUAGUUCCUAUGAGAUUAUUGUGUCCGGGGGCUGGAACGGGAGCCUGAGGCAGUUAUGCACCAGUUACACCAGUACAAGGUACAACUCCAGCCAGGUUCCGACUCUGUACACUGCGGUGCUACUCCCAGCUGUGAAACUUACAAAGAGUCGGACAUUUACGCUGGGAGAUGGGUUGUACUAUGAUGGUUUCUUCAAUUCACCUCUGAGCCCAGAUUGGAACUACAAAGUCUACCUGAGAGUCACCAGUAAAUGGAAGGAGGUGGAAAAAGCCUCCUGCACUUGCCUUGACCCCUAUGUAGUGUCACUAAAACUGGAAAUCACUGGCGUUCCGAGUCCCACAGAAACCGUGUUACAGUGGAGGAGGGUUGGGGGCAGCAGGAGGGACAUCACGGGUUACCAGCUAAAUAUGGUGGCCUGGAAGGAACAUACUGUGAUAGAGGAGGAAUCCCAGCGGUUACCCCCUAAUGUGAUGGAACAUAGAAUUCCCAUGGAACCCGGCAGCAGUUACAUGGUUACAGUCCGGGCUCUCACAGCCGCUGGGCCUGGGGAGGCUUCACUCUGGCUCUCAGGUACCCCUAAAGCCACAGGCGCCUCAGACUCAUAUGUUCGGGUGUCGCUGGUGCUGAAGCCGCUGUUUCUGACCGUUCUGAUCCUCAUCCUCCUGUGCGUUACUGUGAGGGAGAAGUGGGAGCAGCGGGGGGCAGAUUUCCCUGCUUUCCGGAAUCUCAUCGGCCAAUUUCGGGGAGAGAAAAGGCACCGAGGAAGAACAGAGAGAGGGGGCAGCGUGGAGAUGGCGCCCCUGUAAGGCUGUCCUGCUAACUGCCGGCCCCUGAGUCCUGGCCCAAUAGCAACUACAGUCCUGGCCCCUGAGUCCUGGCCCAAUAGCAGCUACAAUCCCGGCCCCUGAGUCCUGGCCCAAUAGCAGCUACAGUCCCGGCCCCUGAGUCCUGGCCCAAUAGCAGCUACAGUCCCGGCCCCUGAGUCCUGGCCCAAUAGCAGCUACAGUCCUGCCCCCUGAGUCCUGGCCCAAUAGCAGCUACAGUCCUGCCCCCUGAGUCCUGGCCCAAUAGCAGCUACAGGCCCUCCCCCUGAGUCCUGGCCCAAUAGCAGCUACAGUCCUGGCCCCUGAGUCCUGGCCCAAUAGCAGCUACAGUCCUGGCCCCUGAGUCCUGGCCCAAUAGCAGCUACAAUCCCGGCCCCUGAGUCCUGGCCCAAUAGCAACUACAAUCCCGGCCCCUGAGUCCUGGCCCAAUAGCAGCUACAAUCCCGGCCCCUGAGUCCUGGCCCAAUAGCAACUACAAUCCCGACCCCUGAGUCCUGGCCCAAUAGCAGCUACAAUCCCGGCCCCUGAGUCCUGGCCCAAUAGCAACUACAAUCCCGACCCCUGAGUCCUGGCCCAAUAGCAGCUACAAUCCCGGCCCCUGAGUCCUGGCCCAAUAGCAGCUACAAUCCCGGCCCCUGAGUCCUGGCCCAAUAGCAACUACAAUCCCGACCCCUGAGUCCUGGCCCAAUAGCAGCUACAAUCCCGGCCCCUGAGUCCUGGCCCAAUAGCAGCUACAAUCCCGGCCCCUGAGUCCUGGCCCAAUAGCAGCUACAAUCCCGGCCCCUGAGUCCUGGCCCAAUAGCAGCUACAGUCCUGGCCCAAUAGCAGCUACAGUCCUGGCCCCUGAGUCCUGGCCCAAUAGCAGCUACAGUCCUGGCCCAAUAGCAGCUACAGUCCUGGCCCAAUAGCAGCUACAGUCCUGGCCCCUGAGUCCUGGCCCAAUAGCAGCUACAGUCCUGGCCCCUGAGUCCUGGCCCAAUAGCAGCUGCAGUCCUGCCCCCUGAGUCCUGGCCCAAUAGCAGCUGCAGUCCUGCCCCCUGAGUCCUGGCCCAAUAGCAGCUACAGUCCUGGCCCCUGAGUCCUGGCCCAAUAGCAGCUACAGUCCUGCCCCCUGAGUCCUGGCCCAAUAGCAACUACAGUCCUGGCCCCUGAGUCCUGGCCCAAUAGCAGCUACAGUCCCGGCCCCUGAGUCCUGGCCCAAUAGCAGCUACAGUCCUGCCCCCUGAGUCCUGGCCCAAUAGCAGCUACAGUCCUGCCCCCUGAGUCCUGGCCCCUGAGUCCUGGCCCAAUAGCAGCUACAGUCCUGCCCCCUGAGUCCUGGCCCCUGAGUCCUGGCCCAAUAGCAACUACAGUCCUGGCCCCUGAGUCCUGGCCCAAUAGCAGCUACAGUCCUGCCCCUGAGUCCUGGCCCAAUAGCAGCUACAGUCCUGCCCCCUGAGUCCUGGCCCAAUAGCAGCUACAGUCCUGCCCCCUGAGUCCUGGCCCAAUAGCAGCUACAGUCCUGCCCCCUGAGUCCUGGCCCAAUAGCAGCUACAGUCCUGCCCCCUGAGUCCUGGCCCAAUAGCAGCUACAGUCCUGCCCCCUGAGUCCUGGCCCAAUAGCAGCUACAGUCCUGCCCCCUGAGUCCUGGCCCAAUAGCAGCUACAGUCCUGGCCCAAAAUGGGUUGUUAUUAUUACAAUGUAUAUAAGUGGAGAUGCCUGCUGAGACCCUGCGUAUCAGAGAAAUGAUUUACUAUAAUUAUAGGUUCUAGCGGGACUAUUAGUGACUUAUCUUUAUUAAUGGGGGCUAAAUACAGAACCUCUGGCGCAUCCACAGCUGUUAUAAAUGUAUUUAAAAAUCUGAGCUGUCAAUCAUAUAUUGCCUGCCCCGCCUCUAUCCCAUAGGCGGGGCAGCAAUAUAUGAUUGACAGCUCUGAUUUUUAAUUGCAAUUACUUUAGCUUCCCAUUCAGCUGUUCCUAGAUAUCACCCCAAGUGCAGGGUGCAAAGUGCAAAUAAAGGGUGCAAGCCGCCAUGUUUCCUGUACAUUUGCACCCUGCACCCAUAAACGUUUGACUUUUUCCUCAAUUGAGGGGCAGAGAUUCUGAUUGCUCUUCAGUAAAUGGGCCGUUAUAGUGACAGGAAGUGAGAGUUGUAGUUGCGCACGGAGACACUUCCCCCCCAGGGGCCCAGUUGGGGUGAGGGGGCCCACGAAGCAAGAACCUGAAAAGCAAAUUCAGUAAAACCAUUAAAGGGGAAGUUCACCCUGCAAGUGAAUUUUUCAGUUCCUUUGUUUUCCAGCAACACAAUAGAAUAAAUGACUUUAUUUCUUUGCUUUA